AUGCAAGAAACUCAUGCAGAUACAUUGUUGCUGCUGCAGCAACAACAGCAACAAGAAGAACAAGAACAUGAACAACAGCUGCUGCAACAGCAACAACAGUUGCUGCUGCUGCAGCAGCAGCAGCAACAGCAACAGAGAAAGACAAAACAAAAAGAAGCAGCUCACAUUAAUAACUCGACAACUGCAGCGGGAGACCACCAGCAGCAGCAGCAGCAGCAGCAGCAGGGAGAGCAGCCUUCGGCCGACUUGUCUUUUUCGGGAGACCACCAGCAGCAGCAGCAGCAGCAGCAGCAGGGAGAGCAGCCUUCGGCUGACUUGUCUUUUUGUGGGGAGUAUGCAGCAGCAGCAGAUCCAGCAGCAGCAGCAGCAGCUGCUGCUGCUGCAGCAGCAACAGUAGAGGAAGAGGGAAGAGCCAAGGCGAGGAAGCGGCGGCGUGCUGCAUCUACUACUACUGCUGCUGCUGCUGCCGCUGCUGCUGCUGCUGCUGCUGCUGCUGGGGGGCAGGACAACAACUUAGACCCGCUAGAGUGUGCAGCUAACGCAGAUGCAGCAGCAGCAGCAGCAGCAGCAACAGCAGCAGCAGCAAUAUCCUUUCAGUGCUCUUCUGCAGCUGCAGGCCUUGGAGCGCCCGGCGGUCUAGCUGCAGCAGAAGCGCAGCAGCAGCAGCAGCAGCAGCAGCAGCAGCAGCAGCAGCAAGAGUCUGGCGCUCUUACACUCGGUGGUGAUCCUUGCAGCAGCUCAGUGCAUGUGCAGCAGCAGCUAUCAGCAUUAUUAUUACCUGAGCAGCUGCAGCAGCUGCAGCAGCUGCAUGUACAGCAGCAGCAGCAGCAGCAGCAGCAGCAGGAUGAAGAAGACCACCACCAGCAGCACCACCAGCAGCACCACCACCAGCACCAGCAGCACCAGCAUCAGCAGCAGCAGCAGCACGGAGAGCAACAGCAGCAGCAGCAGCAGCAGCAGCAGCAGCAGCAGGAGCAGGAGGAAGAGGAUAAGGAGCAGAAGGGGUAUUGCUGCUCUGAGCACUUAGACAUGCUGCAGCAAAUGGAGGAAAUACAAAGACAGCUGCCUGAGGUGUCUUUGUGCAGACAAAGCAUGUAUAGGCGGCUGCUGCUGAUGCAGGAGGGGCCCCCAACAGCAGAACAAAUGCAGGAACUGCAUGCAACCAAAGCGGACCUAGAGGAGCUCUCGCAGCAGCAGCUCAGGAUGGAGCAGCAGCUGCAGCUGCUUAAUCAGCAGCAGCACUAUCACGCGCUGCAGCAUAGAGCAGAACUGCUGCAGCAGCAGCAACAGCAGCAGCAACAGCAGCAGCAGCAGCAGCAGCAGCAGCAGCAAAUGGCGUCGCAGCAAGAAGCAGAAUUGCUGCAGCAGCAGCAGCAGCAGCAGCAGCAGCAACAGCAGCAGCAGCAAAUGGCGUCGCAGCAAGAGUUAAUGCAGCAGCAAGGUAUUCUACAGGAUCAGGAUCUGCUGCAGCAGAGGGUGCUGCAGCAGCGGCUGCUGCAACAGAGAGUGCUGCAGCAGCAAAUCAUGCAGCAGCAGCAGCAGUUCAUGCAGCAGCAGCAACUGAUACAGCAGCAGCAACAGAUGCAGCAGCAGCCCUUGCAGCAACACCAACGUCUUGCUGCUGCUGCUGCUGCUGCAGCAGCAGACCAAUUUUCACAGCUAGGGCCCGUUGCUGCAGUGACACCGCACAGCCCCGAUGCUGAGCUGCUUAAUCAGCAGCAGCACUAUCACGCGCUGCAGCAUAGAGCAGAAUUGCUGCAGCAGCAGCAGACCAAUUUUCACAGCUAG